GAAUAGAAGAUAUAAAGUAACAUUGAGAUGGACCACGCCUGCAUGGACGAGCCACGCCAUCCGAUCAAACCCAGUCCAUUCAAUUCCUUCUCCGCGCCUUCUCCAUUGUUAGGUAUUUCUCCGUGCUAAAUAUUGAAUAUCUAUUUUCCGAGUAGUCUUGUGUUCAGCUUUGAGGAUUGUGUGAUUAUGGUCCAAUGCCACUACACUAAUCUCCCACCAGAAUCAACAUGAUGUUGGUUCAAUACCGAAUUGGAUGGGAUUGUCGUGCGCUGAAGGUUACCAAGACUAGUAAGAAUCCUCCGGGUAACGAUAAGCUGAAAGAUAAAUCAAAAAGAAAGCGGCAGCAUCUGGUCGGGAAAUAUUUGUAAUAAUUUUAAAAUACUUGCCUUCAUGCUUAACACGCUUAAAAUGAAAAUUUGGGUGGAGAUUAUUUGAGCUAUAGAAAAUGGGAUUACAGUAGUAAUAAUAAAACGAUGCGUGUUAAUAGCCGUUGGUUAAUAACUUAACGUAUAGGUAGUAAGUAUUUUGUGUUUAGAAAUAUUAAAAGUAAUCAAUAUUGUAGAAAUGUUAAUAUUAGUAUUAGUUUUGGUUUAAAUUAUGAAAUCAAAUAACGAUUAUGCCGGUAAGUUGUCCAUAUGAGUUGAAUUCCAAUCGCAUUUGUAUUAGUAGGCUAACUGAAGGAACAAAAGUAUUACCGUGGAGGAGAAUUCCAAGUAGUGUUCCAGUUAGUUUGAUAAGGUUUAUUUAGUCACGGAGGGAUUUUCUCAACCUCAUUUUUACUUGACCGUGAUAGAAUUUAGUAAUACUACUAAUACACAUGAAUGGUUAUCAAAACAAAAUUUAAAUACGUGAGUGAUAAUUAUAUGAAUUUUGGACAGAUAGCUAAGAACAAAUCGUUAAACAUGAGUGUAUUCGUAAGAGACAUAAUAUAGACUCAAUGUUCCGAGUUCCAUAGACUACAUGAGAAUUUAAUUAUUUGAUUAGUGUAGUUGAUAGUCUCUAAAUUUCUAAUUUCAUUAUCUAAACUAUGUCCGCAUUUUUACGCUGCUAAUAUGAUAAACCAAUCCGUAAACCCAAAUACAAUUAGCAACAACGACUAUGAUGGGUUUAUUGAUAAAUGUUAAAGGCGAUUCAGAUGAUUUCUAAAUUUAAAAGACAUGAAGAUAUAGUGCAACGUAUGUAUGGGCCAGGUUAACAUGCAGGUAGGUUGUUGACGUAUAUGACAAUUUAAAAAUAAUGAACAUCAUCAGAGAAAUAAUUUUAAAGCUAAGACUGCUUAUGAAACUUCAGGCAGGAAUAUGACGCGUUAUAAACAUUCCAUAAGAAGUUACUGCAUUUAGCCUAAGGACAUUUACAAAUAUGUGGCAAAAGCAACUGGAAAAUAUAUACAUGUUAAGUACAAAAAAAUCAUCCAGUAAAAUAGUUGAACUCGCCUGGAUUAUUUUUGAAAAUUAUAUUAUCCAGUGGACGAUAUAUAUAUAACGCCAUUCGUGAGGAGUAGUAAUGAUCCAAAAGUAUCCAGAAUAAAACAUGCAGUAUGGCAAUUAAUUCCAGAGUCCUUGAUGCUGUUGACGUUUUUGCCACUCGCUCGGAUCAGAACAACCGGAUGAAUCCAGAUAAUUGUGCGGUCACCAUUGAACGAGCCAUCUAAAAUGACCUUAUGAUUGCAGAAAACUUAUGGCUGAAACUCACCGUAUGUUUUUAGAGAAGUGUCAUCCUUGUUGUUUAGCAAUGGAACUCGAAAAUUUGAAAUUAGGCAGGCAGUGGUCGGAAGAAAAGAUAUUACAGGAUAGUGCAUAGUUUAAAAACAGGAUGAGGUGUUAAGUGAAGGAACACUAAGAAUUAGAUCCAGAUAACUAUCUAGUCCUUGAUUGCAUUGUUAGUCGAUGUAUAUUCACGUUAUUUUUAGAUAGAGCUAGAUGUUUAAACAAGUUUAUUCCGCAGAAGCAUGUAAAUGCUAUUAAAGCUUGUUAAUGAACCAUCAAAGCUAAUUGAUAUAGAUAACCGGUUAUUGGUAUCGAUUGAAUUAGUAUGUUAUGAGUAAUAAUCAAUAUAACAUUACGAUAAUACAUGUGAGCAUUAAUCAGAGGACUAUUAGAAUACUGGAUUAACAUAAAUAUAAAAUCGAUCGAGAAGGUUAAAGUGGAAAUAAGGAUUAUUGGUAAUAGGUUGCGUUUCUUUAGUCGGGCUUACCAAUGUAGAAUUAUGGUCUACCAUUAUAUUAGUACUGCUCUAAUAAUAGACCUAAUCCUAGAAUUGUAGAUUUGUCAUGAUAUAACUGCCUAAUCUAUAAGAUCUUACGUGGAAGUCACAUCAUCGUCUACACCAACUCACUGUAUCGUAUCAAUUACCAAUACAUGAUGUAGAACAAGGUUAAGCUGGAGAAAGAACAAUAUAUUUAAUAUGAAUAAAAGAUAUAAAGUAAUAUUCAGAGGGACCACGUCUGCAUGGACGAGCCACGCCAUCCGAUCAAACCCAGUCCAUUCAAUUCACUUUUCCCGCCUUCUCCAUGGUUAGGUAUUUUUACGGCAACGCUCCUGGGUUAUCGUCCACUGAUGGGGGUUGUGAGCACUUGAAGGUCAAACUGUCGCAAAAUUACUGGUGCGUCACAUCGACAAAUCGUGAAACUUUUCAGAAGCGGUCAAAUCAAGACAUCUUUAGAUUUGAAUUGAGUUCAGCCACAACAUGUCUGGUGACGUUCAUUCUUCAAGUAACGAAGUCGAUGCCAUCGUGAUGAUGCAUGAUAUAGGACGAAUCUUCAAUGAUAUUAUGUUAUUUCGAAGAUUUACAAGUUGGGACAACUUUGAGACCUGUUUGGAAGAAGUACAUAAGGUAAUAUGACUUUUGCGGUUAAUAAUUAUUUUUUUAGUAUACGGAUACAAAGUACGUUAUGUCAGUAUGCAAAAAGAACAGUGUUGAUCCAACUCUUAAGUACUUUUUCGUGAGACAUGUCUACAUAUGGACGUAAACGCUGUUCGUCAGAGUCAGAUGCUUGCGUUCAGGAUGUAGAUGAUGAUAGUAAUAAUCAUUAUUCUGAAGAUCAUACAACUUCUAACUCGCCAACACAACCUAGGCAAAGGAGACGACGUCAGCCAUCUACCUAUGCCUUACUUCAAAUGAAUUUAUCCUUCAGCUCGAAAUAUUGCCCUUGUCAAUCAGGAUUUUGGGUCCGGGCAGUAAAUGGUGAGUUGAAACUCACCUCUAUUAAAACCGUGCACAUCCAUCCUUGCACAGAAGGAUAUAUUUCUGUCGAUCCAUCGAGACGACAGUUGACGUCAAGUGAACGCUUGUAUUUAAGAACGUUUCUACUGGGUAAUACACCAACUCGUAGCUUACAGUAUCUGGUUUCUUGGAAGUUCAAUAAACAGCUUACCAAGGACGAUAUCGCCAGAAUGCAUUCACAGUUGUACCCAGGUUGUUGAACUUGUAGUGGCAUUGGACCAUAACCACACAAUCUUCAAAGCUGAACACAAGACUACUCAGAAAAUAGAUAUUCAAUAUUUAGCACGGAGAAAUACCUAACAAUGGAGAAGGCGCGGAGAAGGAAUUGAAUGGACUGGGUUUGAUCGGAUGGCGUGGCUCGUCCAUGCAGGCGUGGUCCAUCUCAAUGUUACUUUAUAUCUUCUAUUCACAUUAAAUAUAUUGUUCUUUCUCUAGCCUAACCUUGUUCUACAUCAUGUAUUGGUAAUUGAUACGAUACAGUGAGUUGGUGUAGUCGAUGGUGUGACUUCCACGUAAGAUCUUAUAGAUUAGGCAGUUAUAUCAUGACGAAUCUACAAUUUUGGGAUUAGGUCUAUUAUUAGAGCAGUACUAAUAUAAUGGUAGACCAUAAUUCUACAUUGGUAAGCCCGACUAGAGAAACGCAACCUAAUAUUGUUAAUCUUACUUCCAUUCUAAAUUCUUGAUCUAUUUUGUAUUUAUGUUACCCCAAUAUUCUAACAGUCCUGAUUAAUGCUCACAUGUAUUAUCGUAAUGUUAUAUUGAUUAGUUCUCAUGACAUACUAGCUCAAUCGAUAAUAAAAACUGGUCGUCUAUAUUAACUAAUUAGCUUUGAUGGUUCGUUAACAAGCUUUAAUAGCAUUUACAUGCUUCAGCGACAUAGACUUGUUUAAGCAUCAAGCUCUAGCAAAUAUGACCUGUAAAUAACGCAAAUAUACAUUGACUAACAAUGUAGCAAGAACUAAAUAGUUACCUGGAUCUAAUAUUCAGUGUUCCUUAUCUUAUCACCUCAUCCUGUUUUAAACUAUGCACUAUCCUGUAAUAUCUUUUCUUCCGACCACUGCCUGCCUAAUUUCAAAUUUUCGAGUUCCAUUGCUAAACAACAAGGAUGACACUUCUCUAAAAACAUACGGUGAGUUUCAGCCAUAAGUUUUCUGCAAUCAUAAGGUCAUUUUAGAUGGCUCGUUCAAUGGUGACCGCA